CGCGCGGUCUGGGAAAGGGCACAGAGAUGAGCCCGACUCUGACUCACGUUUGCUGCUGCUGCCUCCUUUACCAGCUGGGGGUCUUGUGGAAUGGGAUGGUUGCAGGGCUACAUUUCACCCCAGACCACGAGGAGUGGGAAGUCGUGUUUCCUGCAUUCUGGCGCCGGGAGCCCGUGGACUCGGCGGCGGCGGGCGGCAGUGGGGGCAGCGCUGACCCAGGCUGGGCUCGCGCCUUUGGGGGCGGCCGGGCGCAGGCUGCUGGCAGCUCCCGGGAGGUGCGCUCGGUGGCCCCAGCCCCUCUGGAGGAACCCGUGGAGGGCCAGGCUGAGGAGCCCCAGCCUCGGCCCCCUCCACCGCUAGGAACUGAGGAAGAUGAGGAGCUGGAGUCUCAGGAGCUGCCGCGGGCAUCCAGCGGGGCAUCUGCCCUGAACCCAGGUGCCAGGGCCUCCUGGCAACCCCCGCCAGGCGCUCAGCCGCCUCCACCCCCACCCCCUACCGAGCAAGCCAAGCAGGAAGGCGACGAGGUGCUGUUGCGGAUCCCGGCUUUCUCCCGGGACCUCUACCUGCUGCUCCGGAGAGACGGGCGCUUCCUCGCGCCACGCUUUGCGGUGGAACAGUGGCCGGAACCCCGCCCCAGCCCCGCGCCCUCGGAAGCGGGCCCGCACCCUCCUGCACCCUCCAACGCAUCCUGCUUCUACACGGGGGCGGUGCUGCGGCACCCAGGCUCACUGGCCUCUUUCAGCACGUGUGGAGGUGGCCUGAUGGGGUUUAUACAGCUCAAUGAGGACUUCAUCUUUAUUGAACCUCUCAAUGACACAGUGGCCAUCACAGGUCACCCACACCGUGUCUAUAGGCAGAAAAGGUCUGUGGAGGAGCAAAGCACAGGGAAGUCAGCUCAUUACUGUGGGGUGAUUCCAGAUAAAGGAAGACCUCGAUUGAAAAAAAUGACCGAAAGUGGAAGAGGGAAACGAUACUCCUACAAAUUGCCUCAGGAAUACAACAUAGAAACAGUAGUAGUUGCGGACCCCGCGAUGGUCUCCUACCAUGGAGCAGAUGCUGCCCGGAGAUUCAUUCUGACCAUCUUAAACAUGGUUUUUAACCUUUUUCAACACAAGAGUCUGGGUGUCCAGGUCAAUCUCCGUGUGAUAAAGCUUAUUCUGCUUCAUGAAACACCAGCAGAUCUCUACAUAGGACAUCAUGGAGAGAAAAUGCUAGAGAGUUUUUGUAAGUGGCAACAUGAAGAAUUUGGCAAGAAGAAUGAUAUCCAUUUAGAGAUGUCCACCAACUGGGGAGAAGAUCUAACUUCUGUGGAUGCAGCUAUACUGAUAACAAGGAAAGAUUUCUGUGUACAUAAAGAUGAGCCUUGUGACACUGUUGGUAUAGCUUACUUGAGUGGAAUGUGUAGUGAAAAGAGAAAAUGCAUUAUUGCAGAGGACAAUGGCCUGAAUCUUGCAUUUACAAUUGCUCAUGAAAUGGGUCACAACAUGGGCAUUAAUCAUGACAAUGACCACCCGUCCUGCGCUGACGGUCUGCACAUCAUGUCUGGUGAGUGGAUUAAAGGACAAAACCUCGGUGAUGUUUCCUGGUCCCGGUGUAGCAAGGAAGAUUUGGAAAGAUUUCUCAGGUCCAAGGCCAGUAACUGCUUGCUGCAGACAAAUCCCCAGAGUGUCAAUUCCGUGAUGGUCCCCUUCAAGUUGCCAGGGAUGACCUACACCGCUGAUGAGCAAUGUCAGAUUCUCUUUGGGCCACUGGCUUCCUUUUGCCAAGAGAUGCAGCAUGUGAUGUGCACGGGGUUGUGGUGCAAGGUAGAAGGCGAGAAGGAAUGCAGAACCAAAUUAGAUCCUCCGAUGGAUGGCACUGAUUGCGAUGCUGGUAAGUGGUGUAAGGCUGGAGAAUGUAGCAGGAAGACCUCAUCCUCUGGACAAGUGGCUGGAGAGUGGAGCCUGUGGAGCCCCUGUAGCCGGACCUGCAGUUCUGGGAUCAGCAGUCGAGAGCGCAAAUGUCCUGGGCUAGGUACUGAAGCCAGGGAUUGUAAUGGUCCCAGAAAACAAUACAGAAUAUGUGAGAAUCCACCUUGUCCUGCAGGUUUGCCUGGAUUCAGAGACUGGCAAUGUCAGGCCUAUAGUGCUAGAACUUCAUACCCAAAGCCUGUUCUUCAGUGGAAAGCUGUCCUGGAUGAAGAAAAACCAUGUGCUUUGUUUUGUUCUCCGGUUGGAAAAGAACAACCUGUUCUUCUGUCAGAAAAAGUGAUGGAUGGAACUUCUUGUGGAUAUCAAGGAUUAGAUAUCUGUGCAAAUGGCAGGUGCCAGAAGGUUGGUUGUGAUGGCUUAUUAGGGUCUCUGGCAAGAGAAGAUCAUUGUGGGGUAUGCAAUGGCAAUGGAAAAUCAUGCAGAGUCAUUAAAGGAGAUUUUAAUCACACCAGAGGAGCAGGUUAUGUAGAAGUUUUGGUAAUACCUGCUGGAGCAAGAAAAAUCAAAGUUGUGGAGGAAAAGCCUGCACAUAGCUAUUUAGCUCUCCGAGACACAGGAAAGCAGUCUAUCAAUAGUGACUGGAAGAUAGAACACUCCGGAGCAUUCAACUUAGCGGGAACCACUGUCCAUUAUGUAAGACGUGGCCUGUGGGAGAAGAUUUCUGCCAAAGGGCCCACGACAUUGCCUCUCCACCUCCUGGUGCUGCUGUUUCAAGACCACAGUUAUGGUCUACACUAUGAAUACACGAUCCCAUUGGACCCUCUUCCAGAGAACCAGAGCUCUAAAGCACCUGAACCUCUUUUCAUGUGGACACACACAGGCUGGGAAGACUGUGAUGCUACGUGCGGAGGAGGAGAAAGAAAAACAACAGUGUCUUGCACAAAAAUCAUGAGCAAAAACAUCAGCAUUGUGGACCACAGAAAAUGCAAGUCCUUGACAAAGCCAGAGCCACAGAUUAGAAAGUGCAAUGAGCAGCCCUGCCAGACCAGGUGGAUGAUGACAGAAUGGACUCCGUGCUCACGGACUUGUGGGAAAGGGAUGCAGAGCAGACAAGUGGCCUGCACCCAGCAGCUGAGCAAUGGGACUCUGACCCGAGCCCGCGAGCGAGAUUGUGCAGGGCCCAAGCCGGCCUCGGCCCAGCGCUGCGAGGGCCAGGACUGCAUGACUGUGUGGGAGGCAGGGGUGUGGUCUGAGUGCUCAGUCAAGUGUGGCAAAGGUGUCCGCCAUCGGACAGUGAGGUGCACAAACCCAAGAAAGAAAUGUGUCCUGUCGACCAGACCCAGGGAGGCUGAGGACUGUGAGGACUACUCAAAAUGCUACGUAUGGCGAAUGGGCGACUGGUCUAAGUGCUCAAUUACCUGUGGCAAAGGAAUGCAGUCCCGUGUUGUCCAGUGCAUGCAUAAGAUCACCGGAAGACAUGGAAAUGAGUGUUUUUCUUCAGAAAAGCCUGCUGCCUACAGACCAUGCCACCUUCAGCCCUGCAAUGAGAAGAUUAAUGUCAAUACCAUCACAUCCCCCAGACUGGCUGCUCUGACUUUCAAGUGCCUGGGAGAUCAGUGGCCUGUGUACUGUCGGGUGAUCCGUGAGAAGAACCUCUGUCAGGACAUGCGGUGGUAUCAGCGCUGCUGUGAGACGUGCAGAGACUUCUAUGCUCAAAAGCUGCAGCAGAAGAGUUGACCCCUAGCAGGCUGGCUGGCUCACAGCUCUUUGCAAUUCCAUUAUUUAUAAAUACACAUGCUAGCAUAUUCUUCAGACCAAAUAUUAUCAGGUUACAUGUAAUUUAAUCAAAUUAAUUUAUUGUUAUUAUUUUUUGCCUGCCAAACAUCCAGUAUAUGUUUGGGUUAUACAAAAUUUUGACUUACAUUAUAUGGCUUCACACACAAAGAACCUUUUUAGGAAUAAGUUGGAUCAAGUUUCCGAACUAAAGAAUUUUUUUUAAAUUACAAGAUUAUUAGGCAUAAAUAUAUUUUAGCUAGGGUUGUCUCUAAGGUGCUACUCUCUCCAUCAAUACCAUUGUGUUACUGAGAAUGUAUACUAACUUAGACAAUAGUUUAGUUUUAUAUGGAGAGAGAAAAUAUUUUUUGGUGUUCCAAUGCAGAAUAAGCCCAUUUUCUGUAGAAAUAUGCAGGAGAUGAGUAAACAUAACAAAACCUCAUAGUGUUGAAUAGGUUGUUUUUUUUUUUAGAGGAUAUGAGUUUGGGUCUGAUUUAGAGAAAUUUGUAGGAAAAAAUUCUACUGUAAUGAUAGCCUUAUUUUAAUAAUGGAAAAGUCCAAAUAGAGACUUUGAUCAUGUUCAUGAACAUGUACUUGAACACAAGUAUUGUAACAAUGAGACACUGUAAUGAUUUACACUGAAUCACCAUUGCACUGUUGAUAUAGUGUAGAAAAACUUAUAGAAAUAACAGCCUACAAAAAUGUGUAUUGUUUUAACAUGCUGUUAUUAGAGUUUAGGUGUUUUUUAAAAUAAUAUGAUAAAAGGAGGUAUUGAUCCACCCAUUUCAUUGUAUCUUUUUUAGCAGAUUAUCAGACUAUUGUAUUUAGCCUCACAAAUCAUAAGAAAAAUUACUAAAUUUCAGCCUUUAGAAACAAAUGGUGGGGGGAAGCUUAUGAUACUGUGGUAGUUUCAUUCUGUUUUUUUUCUUUCAAAAAUUAAAAUGUUUUGCAAUUCUGUGAAACGUUAAAAAAAAGCUUAAAAUUUUUCUUGUGAGAAAAAAAAUUGUACAUGAUUCACAUGAUUUCCUAGGUUUUUUUUUUCAAUAAACUAUGUGAAACUUCC